AGCCUCAUACGGUGGUUCGGACACGCCCCACUUGUUUGGUUGACUCUGUCUCCCUCAUUCAGCCAUCGAGAUGCCCAGAAAGGGGUCGCAGAAGGUCAAGACAGGAUGUUUAACAUGCAAGAUACGAAAGAUCAAAUGCGACGAGGCCAAACCUCAUUGUCUGAGGUGCACGAGUACACAGAGAAUUUGUGAUGGCUAUGCACCUGAGGCUUACCGGACUCACUCUUGGGAUGAGCUUCUAAGUUCAAGUGCUAUUAUCCCUGCUCCAAGUAAUGGUCGCAGCAAUCGGGAAGGCAGAGCCAUUGACUUUUUUCUCCAUGUGGCCGCCCCCAACCUAUCGAAUUACCCUGAUAAGGAAUUCUGGACACGCCUCGUUCCAAUGGCUUGCCAGCAAGAGCCUGCCGUUCGUCAUGCAGCCAUCGCUAUCAGCUCCAUCUACGAGCAGCUCAGGGACGGUCGAUCGGAUGCUCUCGACUACCCCGGCGGCCGAUUCGCCCUCAGCCACUACCACCAGGCCCUGUCACACCUCACCCGCAAGUCAAACAGUGAGUUCACGAUGCUGUUCCUCUGUAUUCUCUUCGUGUGCAUAGAGACCCUGCAGAAGAAUGUACCCGCCGCCAUCGAACAUUGCAGGCAUGGUAUAACAAUUUUGAACAAUGCAACGAUGACGCCCUGGGUCCGGGAGAAACUUACGCCUAUGUUUGUCCGAUUGAGUAUCUUUCCCUUUUUUUUCGGCAGCACGGUCACUACGUUUCCUUCCCUAAGCGACCUGGUGACUGGUGCCACAGCUCCAUAUACUACGCUCGAAGAAAGCCUGUCUGCUUUAGAGCUCCUCCAGGCACGGUCUGUCCGGUUCAUACGCUCCAGCGACACGUACAGGCAAGGAAUCAUGUACAGGGUGGAAUUUCCAAACAAUCUCCAUCAAGAGCAGUCCGCAAUUCUUGCAGCGCUGGGCCAAUGGCUUCAUGACUUUUCAAUCUUUAGAGAAGCGUACCCGCCUACUUCCCACGACGCCAAAGCCCCGUACUUAGGAACACUGAUCAAAGGCCUUGUCUGCAAAAUAUGGGUGGGAGGCGUGCUUGACAAAACUGAAAUGGGUUAUGAUAAUCAACUGGCCUCCUUCAAGGCAGUCGUCGAUGCCGCGGAAAAAAUUAUCUCAUUGCUCCCACCAGCGCAAACCCUGUACUCUAAGUCUAAGUUUACAUUCGGGAUGGGUUAUAUGCCACCCUUAUAUCUGGUAGUGAUCAAGUGCCGAAACUUGAACAUUCGACGUGCAGCCCUCAAGGCCAUGGUCAGCCUCGCAACAUGCCAAGAAAAUUUAUGGGAUCUCUCGGUAAUGUCUGCUACCGGCCGGCGCGUCAUCGAAUUGGAGCAUGGUAUCAACCUUGAGACAUUCGAUAGAGAAGAUCUGCCAGAUGCACACGUGUUUGUCCCUCCUGAUGAGAUGCGCAUCCGCGAUUCGAUUAUCACGAAAUCGAGAGAAACGCAAAUUGAUGCAUCCAAGCAGAGCACGCGAUACAUGCUGGUUUCCUUCCUAUUCGCGACUUUGGCAGGAUUCAGCUUCGUGGAUGAGUGGCUUCCAAUCGGCCCAGUGCCCACUUCCUCGACAUAGUCUCAUAUACGUUCGCUGGCUUUCCUUGAGGCAUAGACUUAUGGGCGACACAAUAUGUAUAUGGUGCUUGAGGGUGGCGUGUUCACUUACAAUAUGACUUAUGAUGAGG